AUGGCUGCCACCGACAAGGAGACCAUCCAGAAGCUCGCCGAGAACGGUCACGUCAUCACGGCCAAGGAGGUUGCCGACAUCGACAAGGCCGAGAAGGCCCUGACCGGCAAUGACCACACCGUCAAGAAUGGUCUUGCUGCAACUGCUCAAAGCAUGCACGACAAGCAGCAGACAGUGCUGAAGAUGGAAGCUGAUCUCAAGAGCAAGCCCGAGUCGGAUAUCACCAAAGACGAUGCCAAGGAGCUCCAGACUGCUGAAGCUCGCCUUCUUGGCCAUCGCCCUCCCGCCGGCUCGGCCGCUGCUACUUUCCAGUCCAUCGCGGACAAGAACGAAGCUGCUCAUCAACGCGAGGACCCUUCCAUCGAAGGCAAGAAGGAGACCGCCGUCAAGGCCGAUCAGAAUGGCUCCACCGGCAAGAAGGAGGAUGCCCCUGCCAAGGGCUCUGACAUCUCUGAGAAGACGGACUGUGCUAUUCCCUCUCAAGACCAAGCUGUUCCUGCCAAGUCGGACGCUUCUCCCGCCAAGAUCAUUGACGCCUCCGAGAAGAAGGACGAUGCCACUGUCCCCGAGGCUACGGAGAUCACCAAGAAGAAGGACGAGAUCACCAAGAAGAAGGAAGAGAUCAUCAAGCAGAUGGACGAGAUCACCAAGAAGAAAGAUGAGAUCGCCAAGAAGAUGGACGCGGUCGCCAAGAAGAAGGACGAGAUCGCCAAGAAGAAGGACGAGAUCCCCGACUCUCAGGAGCCCGGCUCGCAGGAUUCCCACCCUUGA